UUGAUAGCUGAACGCCGACACACUCAUGAACUUCUCCGGCGCUUCAUCAGUCCUUCAAGCUGCGUCCCCCGGAGAAGGCAUUAUCUUUUCCCUCUUUUCCCAGUUCGACCCCGAGUGAGCUCAAUCUUCUCAUCUUGCCCCAUCAUGGAGCGGGCUGCCUCCCGCCGCAUCUCAGCCGUUGAGUUACCGUCUUCAUCCCCGCCACGUCGACGGCGAUCUUCGACAACCCAGGCUGGCCCUUCAAGGCUCCAUAAGCGUCGCCGACUGACAAAUCAGACCAUUUCAUCUUCAUCAUCGCAACCAGAUAACGAGCCCGUCGAGCCGAUCGAUCUUACGGAGGUGGACGGGAACUCCUCUUUAGCCAAGGUACUUGCAAAACAACGGGAAGACGCUGUCGCUGCGCAGCAGUCAAAUGAUGGAGGAAAUGCACGGUCGAGAUUGACUGCCUAUACUUGCCCUGUAUGCAUGGAAACACCCAAGGACGCCACCGCUACCAUAUGUGGGCAUUUAUUCUGUCACAAAUGCAUCAUGGAAUGGUUAGCAACCACGGAAGAGCAGCGAGCAGACCGUGCCGGGAAAGCUCCACGGGGUCUCUGUCCUCAAUGUCGACAACCUCUCUCCGGAGUAGAUGCAAUCGGGUCAAAAAGGAACCUAGUACCAUUGCAGAUUAAGCUAUUCACGAAGAAGCGGACCAACUUAGCGGAGCAGAGGGCUACAUCUUGAAUAUAUGAAGUGGGCUAUCUA